AUGCCAAAGUUCGGCUCAGCGGAGUUUACGUUGAAGGACUCGCUCAGUCUCGACGACCGCCAAUGGACCUUCGAGGUAAAGGGGCUUCCCAGUUCGCAGAAGCUCAACGAAGAAAAGCUGGUUAAGUCCAUCGCCCUGGUUACGAGAGAGACCAAUCAAAGAAUGGUACUACGUUUUGUCACACAAGAAGCCACUCGCGCGAUGGGUGUUCACCCAUUGGACAAGUUCAUCAUGUUAUCCGUGGCCGACUUUCGCCCUCCUCCGGGGUUGAAGAGCGAAAUUACUGGCACUCGUCCGUCAACAAUCCGGGAGCACAUCGACUAUGUCGUUCACUUGCUACGGGCUGGUGUCACGCUGCAAGGAGAAUCAUACCAUUUCUAUGGGCACAGCAAUAGUCAGCUGAAAUCCAGAACCUGCUUCAUGUUCGCCGCGCCCAAAGACGACAUCAGUAAGAUGGUCGAAUCGCUCGGGGACUUCACCAAGAUGAAGACGGUCGCCAAGAAGGCCAAACGAAUCGGCCUCCUGUUCUCCACUGCACAGGCUGUUCUGCAGGUCGACGAGAGGCGGUGCGAGGACAUUCCCGACAUUGAGACCGACGGCUAUACUUUCACAGAUGGAUGUGGUCUGAUGUCUCCUCGUUUUGCACAAGACGUAUCCCGUCGAAUGCAACUCACCUUUCGCGCAAGGCGAUAUUCACCUUCGGUCUUCCAAAUUCGCUAUCGUGGGUAUAAGGGUGUUGUCACAACAGACCCAACGAUUCGGAGUCGACCGACUUGGCUUCGACUACGCAAGUCGAUGAAAAAGUUCAGCGGUGGCAAGGACCACUCGUUCUCCGUCAUCGAACACUCGAAACCAUACGUGUUUGGCCACCUGAACGACGAAGUUGUGCUCCUACUUCACGCUCUCGGGGUCAGUCAAGAUAUUCUACUCCGCAAACAACAAGAUCAUCUCAACUUCCUGGCCGAGGCAAAUAGAGAUGCGCGACAAGCCUUUCGUUUUCUCUGCUAUAUUGGGCGGUCCGACCUGGCCGAAAGAUUGCUGGUGACCUCGUUCGAAGCUUUGCGAUCGCAAAUCCAAGGUCCGAUUCGAUCAGAAUAUGGCAAAAUGCUCAACAAGCGUGGCGAGCAGAGGUGCAGAAUUCUUGUCCCUCAGUCGCGUCUGCUCUUCGGCGUCUGUGAUGCCUGGGGUGUGCUGAAAGAGGGCGAGUGUGCCGUCAAGAUCACCAAAGAUGGCGACGGCCUUCCCUACGCACUGAAGAACAUGGAAAUCCUCGUCACGCGCAAUCCCUGUCUCCACCCCGGCGACUUGCAAAAGUUCAAGGUGGUUGAGCACGCCGCCCUCUCCCAUCUGGUGGAUUGCAUCGUCUUUCCUGUCCAAGGAAGACGUCCUUCAGCCGACAUGAUGUCAGGCGGGGAUCUCGAUGGCGACACGUUCUUCGUGUGUUGGGACGGCGAUCUAGUGCCAUCCACUCUGUCUCAACCAGCCGAUUAUCCUGGUGCGAAAGAACCAGUCAAAUUCAAGCCCAUCACCGAUGAUGACAGACUGCUUUAUUUCGCCAAGUACUCGAAUGCGUCGUUGGGAAAAGUUAAGAAUCUAUAUUUGGACUGGGCUAAAGUCAAAGGACCUAUGGCACCCGAGUGUCAGGAGCUCAAUCGGUUGUUCUCUCAAUGUGUUGAUGGGAACAUGGUGAAGAUCCCACCACGACUCGAAGCGACGCCUCUGGCAACUCCAGAAACCAAAAAGUUCAUUCUAGAUGAGCUACACGAAGCAGCAACCAGCAGAAUCUCACUCGACAGGAUGAAGUCGGUGAAUCUGGAUGGCGUAGCUCUUGACACGCUGGAGCUCUUACUCUCUCGCGAUGACCUAGCCACCACCGAGUUUGAGCUUCUGGAAAUGACUGCGCGAUGGUGUCGCAGGAAUGGGUCACACCUGGCUGACUUCUUACCUUACUUUGACAUGAACUCUCUGUCGACUGAGCAGAAGCACUGGAUCCUCUCCGCGGCGCCACAACUUCAGUGGUUGCCUAGCAUCGUUUUCAAUGGUCUCAGCUCAUCCAAUAUAUUAUCGCAGGACGACUUGACCUUCCAGAAGCUCAACAAUUACCAGCUUGGGUGGAAGAAUGUGUAUGAUUCGUCGCGGGAGCGACUUGCCACAUUUCUUGAUACAGCCGCGAAGACGCUGGAGCAGUUUCACAAGAAAUUAAUCGUACUUCAGGUUGACGAAAGGCUCUCUCUUGCGAUUUACAUACCGCAAAAGAUAGUCAAAUCCCAGGAUUGUCUGGUACAUGACACAGUUCGUGUCUUUGCCUUUCCGCACGUCAAAAACUCAGCACCCUUAGGUGGACAGCGACUUACGAAGAAGAAUUCCCGAAUGUACUGCGAUGACAACCUAUUCCAGCUCUUCGAGAAUCAACGCAGCAAUACCUGGAUAUUCAUCAGGCGGGGUGCUUCUGAUGAUGCCGCCUAUCGGAACACAACAAACCAAGGAGAUCAGAGGCGUCAACGACAGAGCACCAUCGAGCGUGGGAAGAACUUCGACAACCGAGUGAGCGUUGCGCUCAACAAGUGCAGUCAAGAGCUACAGCGGUAUAUCGGACGCGUCAACAGCAACGGACUGUUGGCUGCAGAAAUCUACGUCAUAAGCAACCGAGACGUACAAUCCUUGAGAAGCCUCGAUCUAUGGCUGCACCACAUUGACACCGAGAAAGUUCUUCCGUUGUUCGACGAGAAGCCAAGAAUAUACUCGGUCAACAACGUAGCAGGGGCGAACUUUGAGGGAGUGCCUGAACGGACGCGAAUGAUAGCCCUUGGGGAAACCGCCGCUGUUGAUGAUGUCAAGACCCGCGCCGAGCUGGUAGACAUCCUCAAGUGGUUGCGCCAGCACAACAGUAUCGGUGCCAUCACGAACAUCUACGAUCAUGUCCUUGGAAAGACUUUCACCCCUAACCCAGACGUUGAGUGCUUGAGCCAACAAGUUAACGCAUUACUCGAUCACAUAUCCCUUAAUCCAGCUAUGGCAGCUCGCUUUACCAAACUGGACACUUGGGGAUCACCCAGCGUACCGGAUUCGAUAUCGCUCACGCUUCAAGCCCGAGGACAAGAGAUACUAAAGGGGCUCAUACUUUGUGUCCCCGAUGUAGGCUAUCUGACCAUUGAGCCCUUCGAGAUAGCCCUUGAGCGCCUUCGCUCCUUGUCGCUUCGUGGAUUGGCAGGUCUGGCUGAGUUGUGUGCGCUUUCGAUCCGUUCCACUGAUCUUGCAAUGGACUUGCUUCUCCAAUGUCUGGAGCGCGGAAGUUCACGGCUGUACGCAGGCGAGCCAAGACCAGCACUCGUGAAGCACUUUGUCAGCAAUUGCGUAGCUAUUGCUAUAGAUCAUAUCUCCGAGCUGCAAGAACAACAAACCACGAGACCAGACCUUCUUACGCUCAAGGAUCUGGGAGAAGAACGCGAUGGGUAUCCCUUGGUCGCAUGCACGUUUCGCAUCGAUGCAGCGCAUGCACCCGAGACAUGGGCACACGUACGGUUGACAGCGUCCUCCUUACCGACCAAUGCGCCUUUGGCGAGGAAAGCGUCGAUCGAUGCACUCGUGGUCCAGAAUCAACAAGGGGCUGCCAAAUUCCAGUGUUUCCAUCCCUUGCCAGUCUUCUUGGAGCACUGCUCAUGGACUCUGACAUAUUGCGGACCUUUUGUGACCUCGCAAACGAUGUUCACCGCGAUGAGGCGGUUUGCCAGCAUGGACGAGGACGCGUGCGGCAUAGUAACGCACCUUUUGGGGCCGAGCACAACUGCAACCCUACCAGAGGAUACCGACGCAAUACAGUUCGACGCAGAAGCAGCCAUGGCGCAGCAUGAGGACCAGCUUGCGCUCAACGACAGCCAGAGAAAUGCGGUGCUUACCUCCCUAGUACACCCUCUCGUGCUGAUAUGGGGACCUCCAGGUACAGGCAAGACACAGACAAUUGUUGCAAUCAUACUUGGCUUGCUGAGUAAAUUUCCGAAAGAGCGUAUCCUCGUCACGGCACCCACUCACAACGCUGUGGAUAAUAUAAUGAGUCGCUUUCUCCGCCACCAAGGACGAGACGGAUCAGUUGCCGUCCGAGUCUCGACCGAAGUACGCAAAGUGGCUGAAGAGCUGAGGCAGUACACACUAGACGGCAUGGUGAGCACAGAGAUAUACGACUCACACGUGGCUAUGCGCGAAGCCAAGAGACGAAUGAAAGCCUGCCGUAUUGCCUUUUCGACUUGCAUCGGCGCAGGGAUAGGCUUGCUGCGAUCUGAGAGUUUCGGCAUCGUCAUUGUCGAUGAAGCCUCCCAGCAGACGGAGCCGGCUUCUCUAGUACCACUAACCAAGGGCUGCAAGCAAGCUAUUCUAGUAGGCGAUCAUGUGCAGCUUCGCCCGACGGUGCAACCAGUCACGCUGCCCUUGGGGUACGACGUGUCGCUCUUCGAGCGUCUUUACACCUUGUGCACUAACUCGCAGACGAGCGGCCAUCGCUUGGCACGUGUGCGGACGUCGAUGCUCAAUACACAGUACCGCAUGCACAGGUCAAUCUGCGAUUUCAGCUCUCAAGAGUUCUACCAAGGGAAGCUCAGAACAGGCGUGGCAGCCGACCAAAGGGUUCUGGCUGUGUCUGCUUUUCCUUGGCCCCGAAGCUCUGUUUCCGGAGAGUCUGUGCGGACAGUCUUCGUCGAAUGUGACGGUCACGAAGACAUUGGCCAAAAGUCCAAACGCAACCAUGCACAGUCAGAACUAUGCCGGCGCGUAUGUCAAUUGCUCAUAGACAGCUCGUCAACCAAUCGAUCUGGCAAGGACAACCAACAAUCCAUUGUCGUAUUAACGCCCUACACGGCGCAAAAGACUCUGCUUGUCACAAAAGCAAUAUCAGGGCGGUCAGGAGACAUCGAAGUGUCCAGUAUUGACGGUUAUCAGGGUCGGGAGGCGGAUGUCGUCGUUUUCGUCACGGUGCGGUGCAACGAGCAAGGAGAGAUUGGUUUUCUCAACGAUCUGAGAAGACUAAAUGUUGCACUGACAAGGGCGAGGCACGGAAUCAUCAUCUUGGGUUCUCGUAAAACACUUACAGCUCCAACUAUCGUUCUGGCGCAUGAUGCGGAAGCGCAGCCAGUGGCCGCUUCUGCUACAUGGGAAAGGCUGUUGAGACGUUUCACAGAGGUAGUCCUCUGA